AUCUUCUGCCACCUCGAUCCUCGUGCUCUUCUCACCCUAGCCCGCACAUCGAAAGACUUUCAGAAGAUCUUGAUGAGCAAGUCAUCGGAGAACAUCUGGCGCACAGCUCGAGAGAAUUUUGAGGGUGGAUUGCCUCCCCGCCCCUCGGAUCUCAAUGAGCCCCAAUUCGCUCAUUUGAUUUUUGAUCUUUACUGUCAUGUAUGU